UUGUUUUAUAUAUUUUUAUUAUAUAAUAAAAAUUAUCAUUUGGGCUAAAAUUUCUUGCUAACGGUAGCGUUCAAAGAAUUGUUUUAAUUUUUUUGACGUCGCACAUGAGGUAACAUCAUGGCCUUGAUAACAAUUAUAAUCAGGAUUAGUUUGAGUAUAUAUACGACAAUAUUUAAUUAGAUAAAAUAGUAAGCGUCAGAACAGUCUACGCUAAUUUUUAUUCCGGUUCAUAUAAGAAACAAUUGAUAAAAUGGCUCUCAAAUGUUUAUCGAUUCUUUUCUUCUUGAUGGGGAUCGCCGAAAUAAGGGCAAUCGAAAUAAACUUCGAAGGAUCAGUCAUGAAAGUGAAAACUUGUCAUUGGAACAUUAAUAAUUCAUAUGAAUGUACUUAUAAAACUUAUGAUUUUUCUGAAAAUCACGGUUACCAUAUUUCCGGCGAUAAAGUUUCUGCUAUUGGUCAGGAUUCUAUCAGUAGUGAUGGCGCGAAUAUUACUUUCAACGAAGACAACAACAAUGAAGAGGAAUUAUGUCCAAGUGAAACCAGCGGAAUCAUCGCUAUUAAUAACGAUAAUAACAAAGUUAAAAACUGUGUCUUCGAAAGCAUAAAGGGUUCGCUCGCUAUUAAAAAUAAAAAUAAUAAUAGAAAUACCAUCACUAUUAAUCAUGAUAGCAAUGAAAUAAAACUUGAUAACAAGAACAAUAAUAUUAAUAAAAUAAAAAUUAAUGGUAAUAGUGAAUAUAUAGAGAUGCGAAAUGAUAACAAUAAUCGUGUGGAAUUAACUAUUGAAGGUAAUAGUAAAUAUAUUAAAGUUAUUAAUCGUUAUAAUAAUGUUUGCACAAUUACUAUUACUGGUAACAAUGGACAUAUUGAUAUUAACAACGGUUAUAAUAACAAGAAUACAGUAACUGUUAAAGGAUUAAGAGGAGUUAUUAAUACUAUUAACAAGAACGGGUGGAAUAAUGUUAACACUAUUCAUGCUGAUAAUUAUUAAAUUACUGACUGUAAAGUUAAUUAAUUAAUAACAAAAAUGAUUAAUAAUAAAUUAGUUAGAUAUAAUGUUAUAUGAAUAUUAUGAACAUAUUAACAUAUUACUUGCUCAUAUGUGAACACACGUAAUAUACUCUUUAAAUAUGAAUUAGUGAUUUUUCACUAAUUUCAAGUGAAUAUUCACUAAUUGUCAAUGCUGCAAUCGUACCACGCAGAAUUAGUGAAUAUUCACGAAUUUUAAGUGAAUAUUCACUAAUUGUCAAUGCUACAAUCUACCACGCAGAAUUAGUGAUUUUUCACUAAUUUUAAGUGAACAUUCACUAAUUGUCAAUGCUGCAAUCGUGCCACGCAGAAUUAGUGAUUUUUCACUAAUUUUAAGUGAAAAUUCACUAAUUGUCAAUGCUACAAUCGUGCCACGCAGAAUUAGUGAUUUUUCACUAAUUAUAAGUGAAUAUUCACUAAUUGUCAAUGUUGCAAUCGUACCACGCAAAAUUAGUGAAUAUUAACUAAUUUUAAGUGAAUAUUCACUAAUUGUCAAUGCUACAAUCAUACCACGCAGAAUUAGUGAUUUUUCACUAAUUUCAAGUGAAUAUUCACUGAUUGUCAAUGCUGCAAUCGUACCACGCAGAAUUAGUGAUUUUUCACUAAUUUUAAGUGAAUAUUCACUAAUUGUCAAUGCUGCAAUCGUACCACGCAGAAUUAGUGAUUUUUCACUAAUUUUAAGUGAAUAUUCACUAAUUGUCAAUGCUACAAUCGUACGUACCACGCAGAAUUAGUGAUUUUUCACUAAUUUUAAAUGAAUAUUCACUAAUUGUCAAUGCUGCAAUCGUACCACGCAGAAUUAGUGAUUUUUCACUAAUUUUGAGUGAAUAUUCACUAAUUGUCAAUGCUACCAUCGUACCACGCAGAAUUAGUGAUUUUUCACUAAUUUUGAGUGAAUAUUCACUAAUUGUCAAUGCUGCAAUCGUACCACGCAGAAUUAGUGAUUUUCCACUAAUUUCAAGUAAAUAUACACUAAUUGUCAAUGCUACCAUCGUACCACGCAGAAUUCGUGAUUUUUCACUAAUUUUAAGUGAAUAUUCACUAAUUGUCAAUGCUACAAUCGUACCACACAGAAUUAGUGAAUAUUCACUAAAUGAAUAUGUGAAUAUUAGAAUUCACUGAUUUGAUAAGUGAAUAUGAGAAUCCACUAAAUUGAAAAGUGAAUAUGGGAAUCCACUGAUUUCAUCGGUGAAAAAAAAUAUUAUAUUGCGAAAAAAAAUAUAAGACACUUGUAAUUAGAUCCGAAAUGUGAUUAAUGUAUUAGAAUCAUUACUUAGAGGAAGUAUACAUGAUAUUUUGAUUGAUGAAAAAAUCCCGGUGACUGCUGGGCUCGAACCUGCAUCCUUCCGAUUCAAAGUCUUUGACGCUAUCCACUGCGCUGACCUACGCAUGUGAUCGCGUGAGUGUAAAUAGUAUAUUCGUUAUGAUACCAAACAAUCACUGAUGAAGAAAUAAAAAAUCCACGAUGUUAUGAUUGACGUACUCUUCAUAUAAAUAUAUUAUUGUUCUGUACUUCUAUUUUUUUUUAUUUUGAAAGUUUUUUAUUAAAAUUUUUAAAAAUAGUACCACAAUUAUUAAUUAUAUUUAUAUCUAGUAAAAUAUUUAAUUAUUUGCUAGUUAAAGUCACUAGUGAAAUUGUGAAAUUCAUAAAUUAAGAAGUGAAUAACAGUUUGACUUGUAGAAAUUAUGAAAAUAUCGGUAGUUCAGUAGUGAAAAUCACUAAUUUGCUAGUGAAAAUUAUAGUACUAAAUUUAUUAGUGAGAAUUCACUAAUUUGUUAUUUAAAUACACUGAUUAUGAAGUGAAUACUGUUUCACUAACGUAAUUAAUUAAAUUUCUACUAAUUCAUGUUUAGAGAGUAUAUGAUACCGUUUGAUUAAUGAGACUCUAUAUUAAUAUCUAAAUAUUUUUUUUCUGGAAAAAUUACGAUUGAUGUGGAUAAUAAAAAUUAUGUACCACAAAUUAUGAAUGUAAUAAAUAUACCAAUGCACUAUAAAUAUUGUAAAAAAAUAAUAUUUGUUUAUAUCAAUGAAUUACGAUAUAUUUAAGGUUGUACUUAACGAGCUUUCAGGAAUUUUGAAAACUUUCUAAGAGAUAAGUUGUAGGAGAUAAAACGAUCUACAAAAAAGGUCUUAUAACAUUUCAUGAUAAGUCUAAUAGUUUCGCCGGGAUGUCACAAUACUAAAAUUUACUACGAUUUAAAUUUUGACCUUGAAUAAUUUUUGGAAAAAUUAAAUUUAUCGAAAAAUUACAGCCUUUUUGACUUUCCAGCAGGCAUACGUGUUGACUUCUCUGAUACACUUAUGUGCUGGUAAGUUAAAGAAUUCCACGUGUGAAAACGAAAUUUCUCCACUUUUCGAAAAUGAGAAAUGAAAAAUUACGAUUAGCGACCUCUUAAUUUUGAAGAGAAGUUCUGAGAGAAAGUUCCGAGUUAAUAGAAUUUGAUUAUUAAUUUUCGCCGAGUGACAGCUGAAAAUUCGGCUUAA